CUUCCUUCUUCCUUUUCCCGACCCGCCCCUUAGUCUUCCUCCGCGGAUAACAUCAGGCCCUGGGCCCGGCGUCCCGGAUGCCGAGCGGACGGCCGGCCGGGCGGUUUAAUUGGAAUUCUUCAAAAUGUCUGAUAUAGUCUCCACAGCUCCUAAGCAACCUGCAGAUGAGACAGAGAAUCAAAUAAAGUCACCUGAUCCAAGGCCUGGUGCCCCUCCUGAGUACAGUUCCAGUUUUGUACCAGGGCCUCCUGGACCAGCUAUCCCUCCACCUGCAGGCUACCCAGGAGGCUUGCCUAUGGGAUACUAUGGUCCACAUCAGCCCAGUACCUUCCCCCUGUACAUGCAGACUGGAAGUAUCCAUCCCAUCCAAUACCAGCCUGGAAAAUAUCCUGCACCACAACUUUCUGCUCCAGUAGUAUGGAUGCCAGUGCCAACUCCCAUACCACACUGUCCUCCGGGUCUGGAAUGCCUGGCCCAGUUGGACAACAUACACGUUCUUCAACAUUUUGAACCCCUGGAAAUGAUAACAGGUUUUGAAACUAAUAAUAGGUACGAUAUUAAAAACAACACGGGCCAGAUGGUUUACUUUGUGACUGAAGACACAGAUGACUACACCAGGAAUGCUUACCGGACAUUGAGGCCCUUCGUGCUCCGGGUCAUGGACUGUAUGGGCCGAGAAGUCAUGACAAUGCAAAGACCUUUCAGAUGCACCUGCUGCUGCUUCUGUUGCCCCUCUGCCAGGCAAGAGCUGGAGGUGCAGUGUCCUCCUGGCGUCACCAUUGGCUUUGUAGCUGAACACUGGAACCUGUGCAGGGCAGUGUACAGCCUCCAAAAUGAGAAGAAAGAAGAUAUGAUGGGAGUACUUGGGCCAUGUUCCACCUAUGGCUGUGGUUCAGAUUCUGUUUUUGAGAUCCUGUCCCUGGAUGGUGUUUCCAUUAUUGGCAGUAUCACUCGGAAGUGGAAUGGUGUGUUAUCAGCAAUGAGCGAUGCUGACCACUUUGAAAUUCACUUCCCAUUAGACCUGGAUGUGACCAUGAAAGCCAUGAUAUUUGGCGCUUGCUUCCUCAUUGACUUCAUGUAUUUUGAAAGCUCUCCACCACAACAUUCAAACGUUCAUCAUGAUUGAUGGAACCACGCUUCAGCAAUGAUGAUUAAUUAAAGAAAAAUUUAGAAAAGUUGCCUGGGCUCAUAGUCAGCCCUCAACUAUUCACAAAUAUAUUUAUCUGCUCUUGCAGAUUAAUGUUGUUGGACGUUAGCAUUGACGGGUAGGCUGAGAGUGUAAGUGGAAGAACACAUCUAAACGUGUUUCAGUUGCGUAUCUGUCUACUUGGUGACGUGGAGUUUAUCAUGAAAAAAAUAUCACUAAUUAACCAAGUCAAUAUAUAUAUAUGUGGUGAACUUGGAAACACUUUAAACAUAAGAGAAAAUGAAUCCCAAAGCUCUUGCACUAAUUGAUGGUAAAAUUAUGGUCUUUUAAGAGCAAUCUUUGUUGAGAUAGAGUUAUGUAGGCUCUAUCUCCAACCCUUUCCUCUCCAUCAUGUCCAGUUGCUGAAGACAAAUUUGAUUUCAGGUGAAAAGAAUGAUACACUUCAUUAUUAAAAACAAAAAGGAAGGCAGAUAGAAAUAUUAUGUUUUAUUGCACAAAGAAAAUUUUGCUUGUGCAAAUGUAUCAGAAACUUGUUUUUCAAACUUAUGAAAAUUUCCAUGGAAAUUUUUAUUUUAUUACAAAAUAAAGCAUAUUUUUCCUAUCAUAAGGAAAAAUCAUAUAUUUCCCAUGCUUCAUUUACUAGCAUGCACAAUCAGGAGCUGACUCCCUGUGAAGAUAGGGUCAGCCUAUCAGGAAGAGAGGUGACCAGGGCCAUGACCAGUCUGGAUCUCUGAGCAAUUUAGAGACAUCAGUGCCCUUAAGAGAAGCUUUCAUUUGAUACAUUUAACCUCUCUUGGCUAUAGAUGCCUUACAUAUGAAAUAGGUUUGGUCAAAUCUCUACGACUGCCUGUUAAACCUUUGUAUCUCAUUUGAUAUGACACAGAAGAGAUGAUUUUUUUUUCUCUUAAAAGAAGGUCACUGAUUUAAACCAGGCUGUUCAAACUGCAAAAGUUGGAGUUUCACUUUUAAAUUUUGAAAUGUGAUAUUCUGUGUAGCAUUUUGUAAAUGUAAAAACUGCAAAAGCAGAUACUGUGUAAUAUUACUUUGCUGUUUUUUAUUUAAAUGAUAAAUGUGUAUCUAGGAAAAGAAAGUGAUAAAAGAGCAAACAUGCUACUUCUCUGGGAUCUAUAGCUAAUCAGUAAAGGUUAUUUGGAUGAACAUAGUAAGCAUAAAAAUUGUACUUGUUUAUAUUAGCUAAAAGCAUAGCGUAUUAGUGAACACACUCUGAUAAAUCAGCUUGCCUCUACUGCACUUUAGUUUCCUAUUUGGACAUGAACUGUGUUCUUUCAACACAACCAGUAAAUAGAAUGGAAUGUAUUCUGCUGCUGCUUAUUAAAAGAAGCAAGACUGAAUGUGCUUAAAUAUGAAAUGAAAGCCUUUGCCCAUUGAAUUUCCUAUUGAAGUUUGUAUUGAAGUGAAAGAAAGGUGCCUCAUUUUUAAAUUAUAUUCAUGUUUUCAUGAUAAGUGUUGUUUUACCCAGUUUCUUGUAAUGUUCAUUUUUAUAUGCUACUGCUAGCUUUCUUAAAAAAAAAUGUAAAAUCUGCUGCUUUCUAAGAUAACAAUUUUAUUUGGAAAGGUAUUUGUAGUCUUAAAUAGACAGAUAUAUUACUUCAUGUAAUGAUGUAUGAAAUUUGAUAUAACAAGUGAGACAAUAGUAUUUAGAAAGUUUACUAUAUAAACAUUUCAUUUUUAUUUGCUACAUCCCUACAUUCUAAGACCUGAUGCUUAAUACUAGGGAAAAAUUAGUUUUAGCAUGACAUUUAAAAUUUCUAUUAAAAGGUUUUACAGUAGGAACACAUCUCUUACAAUUUCCUUCUUUAAAAUAAUAUUGUUUCUUAUGUUUUAAUACUACAGUUUAUAUUAUAACUUUUAUAUUUCUUAUAUAAAAAUAUACAAUAUUUCAUUGUGUAAAACUGAUGAGACUGAUUAAUAAAACAAGCUCUUUUCUGAAAUGUGUGUGUUUUCAUGUUUCAUCAUAUUGUUUUUGGCUUCUAAAUAAACAUAAUAUGGUUUAUAGUAAAA